CUCGAGGGCUACAUCGUCCGCGUCAAGCCGCUCAUGCCGCUCAAUGACAUCAUCACCAAACUGAAGGACGACUUUGAGCAGAUGUGGGAGACGGGCAAGGUGCCCGGCUGGCCGAAGGAGACCACCGGAGCCCUUUCCAACACCGGCGCCGCUCUCGACCUGAGCGCUUUCAGUUCUCGUGAAGAGCUCGCCUCUUUGGGCCUGGACCGCCUCAAAUCGGCCCUGAUCGCCCUGGGCCUAAAGUGCGGCGGCAGCCUGGAAGAGAGGGCAGAGCGGCUGUGGAAGACGAAGGGCAAAACGGCGGAUGAGAUUGAACCGUCGUUGUUUGCGAAGAAGAAGGGCGGCAUCUUCAGCGACGUGGCCAAGCAGAAGGCAAUUGCCUUCAUGGAGGUGCAGAUCUACAAGUACAUUGACAUUCUCGAUGAACAGCGCCAAACCACAAAGGAGAACGUCCAGCGGAAGCAGGCGCGAACCGCUGGCGAACGCGAGGAGUCCGACGAGGAGGUGGAGGACUCCGACUCUGAGGAGGACGAGGAGAGCGACGUCAUCUACAAUCCAAAGAACCUGCCGCUGGGCUGGGACGGCAAGCCGAUUCCCUACUGGCUCUACAAGCUGCACGGCCUCAACAUCAGCUACGUCUGCGAGAUCUGCGGCAAUGCGCAGUACAAGGGGCCGAAGGCCUUUCAGAAGCACUUUGCUGAGUGGCGGCACGCCCACGGCAUGCGCUGCCUGGGCAUCCCCAACACCGCCCACUUUGCCAACAUCACCAAGAUCGAGGACGCCCUCGCCCUGUGGGAGAAGCUGAAGAGCGAGAAGCACAAGGAGAAGUUCCAGGCGUCGAAUGAGGAGGAGUACGAGGACAACGCCGGCAACGUCGUCACCAAGAAGACCUACGAGGACCUGAAGCGACAGGGGCUGCUCUAA